AUGUGUUUGUGUCGCGCCACGCUGAGGCCGAGCGUGUACAGGGGGCUUGCCUCAGCUCCAUACAUCCUUGAUCUCAGCCUGGGAGCUAACAGCCUACUGGAAACCCCUCUGAGUCGCGCUGCCCAGUGGCCACCCAAGCGCUCGCCCGCAGUGGCAACGGCAGCAUCACCGGACCCAUCGCUCUCGGUUCUUUCCUACGGUCUGAGUUCUCUCCAGAUUCCCCCCACGCGUCCUUUGAUUUUUUUUUCCAGAAGAGAGGGCGGGGUAGGUGUCAGUCCCCUCCUCUCUCUCACCCCUCCUAUUCCUUCUCGGUUUGAAUUUCUUCCCCUGGCAUUUCACUGGCUCUCAGAGCAAGAGACCAGACCCACAGAGAGGGGAAAGCCAGGCUGCGCCUCCCUUGCUGCUGCCAGCCCAGAACUGGAACCUAGAGAGGGUGAGGGGAGAGGAAGCAAAGCAGGAGGAGCUUGGCUUCCUCUCGCAUCUGAGGACAGACCGGUUCACUUCAAGAACCUCACAGAGAGGCAGACUGCAUCUCUGCAGCGAGCUUUUGGAGUACCACUGGCCCGGAGGCUAAGGAUGGUGAUUUCUCUGAGAGCAGGCUGCAGGGCAGCGCUCUCGCUCUGGAUUCUCAGCAGCUUCAUCUGCAGAGCCUGGACAGCUCCCUCCUCCUUCCAAAAAUGUGAUGAGCCUCUCGUCUCUGGUCUUCCCCAUGUGUCCUUCAGCAGCUCCUCCUCCCUGUCCAGCAGCUAUGCACCUGGCUAUGCCAAGAUCAAUAAGCGAGGAGGUGCUGGGGGAUGGUCUCCAUCAGACAGUGACCACUAUCAAUGGCUUCAGGUUGACUUUGGCAAUCGGAAGCAGAUUAGUGCCAUUGCAACCCAAGGAAGGUACAGCAGUUCUGACUGGGUGACGCAAUAUCGAAUGCUCUACAGUGAUACAGGGAGAAACUGGAAACCCUAUCAUCAAGAUGGCAAUAUCUGGGCUUUUCCGGGAAACGUCAACUCCGACAGUGUGGUUCGGCACGACCUACAGCACGCAGUAGUUGCCCGUUAUGUACGCAUUGUGCCCCUGGACUGGAAUGGAGAAGGCCACAUAGGGCUGCGUGCAGAAGUCUACGGCUGCUCAUACUGGGCUGACGUUAUCAACUUUGAUGGCCAUGUUGUGUUACCAUAUCGAUUCAGAAACAAGAAGAUGAAAACACUCAAAGAUGUUAUUGCUUUGAAAUUUAAGACCUCUGAAAGUGAAGGAGUACUUUUGCAUGGUGAAGGACAGCAAGGAGAUUACAUUACUUUGGAACUGAAAAAGGCCAAGCUGGUCUUCAGUUUAAAUCUAGGAAGCAACCAGCUUGGACCCAUCUAUGGCCACACAUCUGUGACAUCUGGGAGCCUGCUGGAUGAUCACCACUGGCACUCUGUACUCAUUGAGCGCCAGGGACGCAGCAUUAACCUGACCCUGGACAGGAGCAUGCAGCAUUUCCGCACCAAUGGAGAGUUUGACUACCUGGACUUGGACUAUGAGAUAACAUUUGGAGGCAUACCUUUCUCUGGCAAGCCAAGUUCCAGUAAUAGGAAGAACUUUAAGGGCUGCAUGGAAAGCAUCAACUACAAUGGUGUCAAUAUUACCGACCUUGCUCGAAGAAAAAAAUUAGAGCCAUCGAAUGUGGGGAAUCUGAGCUUUUCUUGUGUGGAGCCCUAUACAGUACCAGUCUUCUUCAAUGCUACAAGCUAUCUGGAGGUGCCUGGAAGGCUUAAUCAGGACCUGUUCUCAGUCAGUUUCCAGUUUAGGACUUGGAACCCCAGUGGUCUCUUGCUGUUCAGUCACUUUGCAGAUAACUUAGGCAACGUGGAGAUUGACCUCAUGGAGAGCAAAGUGGGAGUCCACAUAAACACUACACAGACCAAGACAAGCCAAAUCGACAUCUCCUCAGGCUCUGGAUUGAAUGAUGGGCAGUGGCAUGAGGUUCGCUUCCUGGCCAAGGAAAACUUCGCAGUCCUCACCAUUGAUGGAGAUGAAGCAUCAGCAGUUCGGACCAAUAGUCCUCUUCAAGUGAAGACUGGCGAGAAAUACUACUUUGGAGGAUUUCUGAACCACAUGAACAAUGCCAGUCACUCUGCCCUUCAGCCAUCAUUCCAAGGAUGCAUGCAGCUCAUUCAGGUAGAUGACCAGCUUGUAAAUUUAUAUGAAGUGGCACAGAGGAAGCCAGGAAGCUUUGCAAAUGUCACCAUUGACAUGUGUGCCAUCAUAGACAGAUGUGUGCCCAAUCACUGUGAGCAUGGUGGGAAGUGCUCGCAAACAUGGGACAGCUUCAAAUGCACUUGUGAUGAGACAGGAUACAGCGGAGCCACCUGCCACAACUCCAUCUACGAGCCCUCCUGUGAAGCUUACAAACACCUUGGCCAGACAUCAAAUUACUACUGGAUAGAUCCUGAUGGCAGUGGACCACUGGGGCCUCUGAAGGUUUAUUGCAACAUGACAGAGGACAAGGUGUGGACCAUAGUGUCUCAUGACUUACAGAUGCAGACUACAGUGGUAGGCUACAACCCAGAAAAGUACUCUGUGACACAGCUCAUCUACAGUGCCUCCAUGGACCAGAUCAGUGCCAUCACCAGCAGUGCUGAGUACUGCGAACAGUAUGUCUCCUACUUCUGCAAGAUGUCCAGGUUGUUGAACACCCCAGAUGGAAGUCCUUAUACCUGGUGGGUUGGCAAAGCCAAUGAGAAGCACUACUACUGGGGAGGCUCAGAGCCUGGAAUUCAGAAGUGUGCCUGCGGCAUUGAGCGCAACUGCACAGACCCCAAGUACUACUGCAACUGUGAUGCGGACUACAAGCAAUGGAGGAAGGAUGCUGGCUUCUUAUCCUACAAAGAUCACCUGCCAGUGAGCCAGGUGGUGGUUGGAGAUACUGACCGACAAGGCUCAGAAGCCAAGCUGAGCGUGGGUCCCCUGCGCUGCCAAGGAGACAGAAAUUAUUGGAAUGCUGCCUCCUUCCCAAACCCAUCAUCCUACCUGCACUUCUCUACCUUCCAAGGGGAAACAAGUGCUGACAUUUCUUUCUACUUUAAGACAUUAAUCCCUCGGGGAGUAUUUCUGGAAAAUCUGGGGAACACAGACUUCAUCAAGCUGGAGCUCAAGUCUGCCACAGAAGUGUCCUUUUCAUUUGAUGUUGGAAAUGGGCCAGUGGAGAUCGUGGUGAGGUCACCUUCCCCUCUCAAUGAUGACCAGUGGCAUCGAGUCACUGCAGAGAGGAAUGUCAAACAGGCCAGUCUCCAGGUGGAUCGCCUGCCCCAGCAGAUCCGAAAAGCUCCGACUGAAGGUCACACCCGCCUGGAACUCUACAGUCAGCUGUUUGUUGGCGGUGCUGGGGGCCAGCAGGGCUUCCUGGGCUGCAUUCGCUCCUUGAGGAUGAAUGGAGUGACACUUGACUUAGAAGAAAGGGCAAAGGUCACAUCUGGGUUCAAAUCUGGAUGCUCCGGCCAUUGUACCAGCUAUGGGGCUAACUGUGAAAAUGGAGGCAAAUGCAUCGAAAAAUACCAUGGCUACUCCUGUGACUGCUCUAAGACAGCCUAUGAUGGGACAUUCUGCAACAAAGAUGUUGGUGCCUUUUUUGAAGAGGGCAUGUGGCUGCGCUAUAACUUCCAGGCCCCGACAGUCACUGCCAGAGACACAGGCAGCAGGGCUGAGAAUUCUGCAGACCAGCAGCAGCACUUGGCUCCAGAUCUGGCCCAGGAGCAGAUCCACUUCAGCUUCAGCACUACCAAGGCACCCUGCAUCCUCCUCUACGUCAGCUCCCUCACCACUGACUUCCUAGCUGUGCUGGUCAAGCCCACAGGAAACUUGCAGAUCCGGUAUAACCUGGGAGGAACCAGAGAGCCAUUCAAUAUUGACGUAGACCACAGGAACAUGGCCAAUGGACAGCCGCACAGUGUGAACAUCACCCGGCAUGAGAAGACCAUAAUUCUCAAGCUCGACCAUUAUCCUGCUGCGGGUUACCAUCUGCCCAGCUCCUCUGACACGCUCUUCAAUUCUCCCAAGUCGCUCUUCCUUGGGAAAGUUAUAGAAACGGGGAAAAUCGACCAAGAAAUUCACAAAUACAACACUCCUGGCUUCACAGGCUGCCUGUCCAGAGUCCAGUUCAACCACAUCGCCCCUCUCAAGGCAGCCUUGAGACAGACAAACGCCUCGGCCCACGUGCACAUCCAGGGUGAGCUGGUGGAGUCCAACUGCGGGGCCUCCCCACUGACGCUCUCCCCUAUGUCUUCGGCCACUGACCCUUGGCACCUAGACCACUUGGAUUCAGCCAGUGCUGAUUUCCCAUACAACCCAGGACAAGGCCAAGCUAUAAGAAAUGGAGUCAACAGAAACUCAGCUAUCAUUGGAGGGGUCAUCGCCGUGGUGAUUUUCACCAUCCUCUGCACCUUGGUCUUCCUCAUCCGGUACAUGUUCCGUCACAAGGGCACCUACCACACCAACGAGGCCAAGGGAGCUGAGUCAGCUGAGAGCGCAGAUGCUGCCAUCAUGAACAAUGACCCCAACUUCACAGAGACCAUUGACGAGAGCAAAAAGGAGUGGCUUAUUUGAGGGGUGGCUUUUCAGCCAUGGGAUAGGGAGGGAGGAGUUAAGGGAGGAGGGGGAGGGACAAGAGCACCCCACGUCAUACCCCUGAGCACACGCUUACACUAUCAGCACAAGCUGGGGAAGGCAAGCAAUCCAAUACUCUUAAGACUGAUGGCCACACAAAAUAUACUUUUUAAUAUUUCUUUAUAGCUGAGUUCCCCCUUCCAUAUCAAAACAAAAUAAUACAAAAAUGCUUUUAGAGUUUAAGCAACAGUUGAACUUUGUAGGUACUAUCUGUCUUAUUUUGUGUGUGUUUAGAGGUGUUCUAAAAACCCGUGGUAACAGGGCAAGUUUUCUACAUUUUUAAGAGCCCUUAGAAUGUGGAUAUUUUUUUUUCUCAAGAAAAAUUGAUAUACAUCCAUGCAGCCUCUGACAUUCUCUUUCUUUUGCAUCUAGUCGACUUUUAAUGGGCUGUUGUAGCAACUAGUUUGUGUCCAAGUAAUAUUUCUUUUGGUGUCCCAUAAAAUGGAAAUAAGAAAAGUGGUAAAGAGCCUAUUUGCCCAGUCUUCUUCAGUGACACCUCAGUCUAGGCCAGUUUUCUGAAGGUUCCUGUCUGGCCUCAGCCAGGGAAAGGAGAGUGAGUGGCCUGUCCGCAGCAAUGUAACCAGCACAAGUGGAGACAAGCACUCAAGAAUCCAGCAAAGAAAUGCAUAUCGGGCUUAUUGCUUUUGUUUUCAUUGACUUCUACAUGCCGAUGUCCUAUGUAUGUAGCCUUAGACCUGUUUAGUAUCUGUAACUAUCAGCUAGAAGACUGUGGUGACCAACUGCUCUAGGACUUCUCCUCUGUUUUAACUACAUUAUUGGAUUUUAUGUGUAUAUGCGCCUCCAUGGGGAAUUAGAGCCAGAGGGAAUGUCUCCUUUGCUCUGUUUCUUUUAUAUUUAUAACAGAAAUAUGGACACUUUCUAGUGAAUGCAUAAGUUAGUGUGCUUUUCUUCUUUUGCUUUAAACCACGUUUUUACACUGCUGUGAUGAAGUCCUAGCAGACAGCAUCCUCCGGAUGGCACAGUCCAAUAAAGCCAACUUGCAGCCGCCAUUACUCUGGAAUCAUGUGGGAGACACUGCCAUAUUUUAAACCAACUCGAUCACAGGGACACUGUCAUGAUACACAGACCUGUGACAGAUACAUUGAAUCUGAAGUCACCACCAUCCGGUCAUCAAAAGAACACAAUUGUCUAAUAAAUAACACAUCUUAGGGUAAUCAGGAAUCUUGGGCAAUUUGCUACAAAAAAAUAAUAACUUCUUGAUUUUCUGUAAAAAUAAUAGGUUUUGUGUGAGUAAAUGGGAGCAAUUCUUCCUAUUGGAGCACCCAAAAGGAAUUUAAUUAAUUUAUUUUUUUAAUUGCACAAAAGUUCUCCCUCGAAUGGUUGCCAUUUACAAUUGUAUACGUCAGGCCUCUUAUACUUAAAAACCUCUUUUUAAAAAUUUUGUAGGCUCCACCAUUUUGAGGAAUUAAAUGUGAAGAUUCUUUCUCCUCUUAGAACAGUGAGGUUAACGCAGUAUUGAUGCUCUUUUUCUCGUGGUCUGUCUUAAUAAGCUGCUUACCCUAGUUAGUUGGGAUUUUACCCAGAUACUCUCAAGGUUCUCCAAAUGCUUAAUGUAUUGGAGGAUCUCAACUUCUCGAAUAAUAGAAAACUUUAUCCCAAGCCUCUCUUUGCACCAGUUUACAACGGGCUCCAAAAGGAGGCAAGUGUCCCCCCUUGCAUCAAGGAAACUGAAUAAAAGGGAAUCCUGAGAGUGUUUUUAAUUGCAGGCAGACCUCAGACAGUCCCGUAAAUACCCCGAAUUGUCAAGCCUUGUUCAUUCUUUCAUAAAACAUAUUAAAUGGAAAGGUAUUUAACAGAA